CCGGAAGUGACGUCACGUCACGGCGCCAGAGAUCCCCGGCGGUGUGGGAGCCGCCGCCAUGACCCGGUCCCGGCGACAGGUGGAGAAGUCCCGGAAGAAGCGCGUCCAGGCCCUGCGAGCCCGAGGCGGGAUCAAGAAGGACCCGGGGGUGCCGCAGCUCGGGCGCUUCGCCGCCUUCGCGGAGCAGCAGAGCAGGACCCGGCAGAGACGGCCGCCGCAGGGGCAGCCGCGCUCACACCUGGCCGUGCACCUGGCGGACGCUCUGCAGCGACAGCAGCGCUUCCAGAGCCAGGUGCCCCAGGAGGAGGAAGAGGAGGAUGAGGAGCCCCCGCAGCCCCCCCAGGACGAGGCGUCGCUGCGCCACUUCGGGCGGGAGCUGCGCAAGGUGCUGACGGCGUCCGACGUGCUGCUCGAGGUGCUGGACGCGCGGGACCCCCAGGGCUGCCGCAGCCCCCGGCUCGAGGGCGCCCUGCGGCCCCAGCAGCGCCUCGUGCUCGUGCUCAACAAGAUCGACCUGGUGCCCCGGGACGUGGUGGCCGCGUGGCUGAAGCACCUGAGGAACGAAUUCCCCACCGUGGCCUUCAAGGCGUGCACGCAGCAGCAGAGCCAGAACCUGAAGCAGAGCCGGCUGCCGGCGGACGCCGCCCCCAGGGAUGUGCUGGCCGGGGGCGCCUGCGUGGGGGCCGAGCCGCUCCUGCACAUCCUGCGCAACUACGGGCGCCGCGGGGACGGCAGGGGCUCCAUCACCGUGGGGGUCGUGGGGUACCCCAAUGUGGGCAAGAGCAGCCUCAUCAACAGCCUGAAGCGCAGCCGCGCCUGCGGCGUGGGGGCCACGCCCGGGGUCACCAGGUGCCUGCAGGCCGUGCAGCUGGACGGGCACAUUCGGCUCCUGGACUGCCCGGGGGUGGUGCUGGACUCGGGGGACCCCCCGGCCGCCGCCCCGCUCAGGGGGGCCCUGGCCCCGCAGCGCCUGCGGGACCCCCUGGGCCCAGCCUGCGCCAUCCUGCAGCGCUGCCCCCCCCAGCAGCUGAGCCGGCUCUAUGGGGUGCCCCCCGUCAGUGACCCCCUGCAGUUCCUGGCGCACCUGGCCCGGCGGCAGGGCCGGCUCCGCCCGGGGGGGCUCCCGGACGCGCCCGCGGCCGCCACGGCGCUGCUGCGCGACUGGACCAGUGGCAAGAUCACCUACUACACCCACCCCCCCAAAUCCCAGGGGGUGCAGCUCGAGGCCCAAAUCCUGCCCGCGCUGGGGCCGGCCCUGGACCUGGAGGCGCUGGAACGCGGCGAUGCCGAGGCCCUGGCGGCUGUCCCAGUGACGGUGACAGAGCUGGAGGAGGAGGAGGAAGGAGAAGCCAUGGAGGACAACAGCGGUGACCUGGAGCUCGGCACGAUGACGGUGGAGCUGAAGCCGCGGGUGAAGUCGGGGGGCGCCGGGGGGGACGCGCUGCCCCGAGCGCCCCGGCUGGAGGAGGUGGCCGCGCUCCCCGCUCUGUUCCAGGGCCAGGGGCUGCAGGCGGCGGGAAAAAGGAGGAAAAAGCUGCAGAAAAGAGCGCAGAAAAUCGCCACGAAGUUGUCGGAGACGUUGGAGGCGGCCAUGCAGUUCUGAGACGUCCAGAGAUUAAAUAAAAAAUAAAAAAUAAAAAUACCUAA